UUAAAGUGUCAGAGUUGUUACAGGUUAGAAUUUAUGCUGUAUGGUUUUUUACUGGAAAAUGCUUACUGUUUUGUUUCUCAACAUCUUGUCCAAUGUACAGGAUUCCUUCGUGAGCCCACGUGAUGAAGGUAAUAGAAAUGGUGAUAUUGAAAUGGGAAUGGAGAGACAAACGAAUUCAGAAGAUCUUGGCUUGGAGAAUUUCUUUAAGAAGGUUCAGGAGAUUGAGAAGCAAUAUGAAAAACUGAAUAUCCUGCUGAGAAAGCUCCAGGAUGCUCACGAGGAAUCAAAGGCCGUGACGAAAGCUGCUAAUAUGAAAGCAAUCAAGAAACGGAUGGAGAAGGAUGUUGACGAAGUUGGGAAAAUUGCCCGUUCUAUUAAAUCAAAAAUUGAAGAACUCGACAAAGAGAAUUUGGCCAAUAGACAAAAACCUGGGUGCGGAAAAGGAUCAGGCGUAGACAGAUCAAGAACAUCAACAACAGUGGCUCUGAAAAAGAAGUUCAAAGAUAGAAUGGCUGAAUUUCAGACUUUGAGAGAGAAUAUACACCAAGAAUAUCGUGAAGUUGUAGAAAGACGUGUAUUCACAGUGACGGGCACUCGAGCUGAUGAAGAGACAAUUGAUAAAUUAAUAGAAACCGGGGAUAGCGAGCAGAUUUUCCAAAAAGCUAUUAGAGAACAAGGCCGAGGCCAGGUAAUGGACACCCUAGCAGAAAUUCAAGAGCGACACGAUGCCGUGAGAGAUUUAGAGAAGAAGCUUCUAGAUUUGCAACAGAUAUUCCUGGACAUGGCUGUACUGGUGGAUGCUCAAGGAGACAUGCUCGAUAACAUUGAGUCGCAGGUUUCGUCUGCAGUGGACCAUGUGCAGUCAGGCAACACUGCACUUCAGAAAGCAAAAAGCCUGCAGAAAAACUCGAGAAAAUGGAUGUGUAUUGCAAUCAUCAUCCUUCUCAUUAUUGUGGCAAUAAUCGUGGUUGGUGUGCUCAAGCCAUGGCAGAACAAGAACGGGGCUUAGCUCUCUCUCUACCCGAACGUGUAAUGUAUAAUAAAGAAAAAAUGAAAAUUUACAGAGCAAAAGUUACAUAUGAACUACUACUAUUUGAAUUGAGGACCGGUUCAUUUUUUACUUGUUUGUUUGUUCGGAUUAGGGGUUUUUACCCUCAAAUGCGUGUUAAUUCGUUGACUUUUUUUUUUAACCGGUGAAUAUGAAUUCAUCUGGUGGUAGGCUCUCGGCUGAAUGCUCGUGGGACGAGUCUCUGUGUGUAAAUCUAUGGUACUUCAGGAUUGAUUGAUUGAUUGAUUGAGGUAUUUUAUGAAAAAUAUUUCAGAAUUUACUUUCUUGGCAUCCCUAUAUAGGUUUUUUUCAAUCCUUUGUGGGA